AUGGAAGAACAUCGCAAAUGAAAAAGAAGACUCGACUACAAGUCACAUUUGUGUUUGGAUCGCUGAGACUGGCGUUUGUGUAGACGGUGGACAACAACUGGACUUCGGUUUCGUCGUGUUUGUGUUCUCGAUUUUCAUCAGCUCCAAGUGAAUAUUUGAUAGACCAAAUAUGGUUGUAAUUGUUAAAUUUGCCCGUGCCUUGCAACAGUCGCAAAGGAUUUUCCAAGCGGCCAAACAUUUGCAAAAUGUCCGGCAAUUCAGUGUUUCAACGCUAUUGAAUGCAGAACGCCGUUAUACCGAAAAACACGAAUGGGUUUCCGUUGAUGGCCCCUCUGCCUCUGUGGGUAUUUCCAAAUACGCCCAAGAAGCUUUGGGUGAUGUUGUCUUUGCCCAGCUGCCAGAACCCGGCACUGCCUUCAAGCAAGGUGAUGAAUGCGGCGCCUUGGAAAGUGUAAAAGCCGCCAGUGAAGUCUAUUGUCCUGUCAGCGGUGAGGUCACCGAAAAGAACAGUAAAGUUGAAGAUACUCCCGGUUUGAUUAAUACUCACACCUACACAGAUGGUUGGCUCUUCAAAAUCAAACUCUCAAACCCCGCCGAGCUGGAUAAACUCAUGUCCGAGGAACAAUACAACAAAUAUCUCGAAGAAUCAGAUCAUUAAAAACAGUCCAACCACAAGGCUAAUUAUAACAUAUUUAUUAUUAUAAUUUGUUAUAUUUGAUUAUGCGUGUCAAAAGUUCAAAUUGAAGCUCGCAAACAGUGGGGGCUCUCUGUCAAGCUAUAGCUAGUGUCUUGUUAUUGUAAUUACAAAAAAAAACAAAAAACAAAAAGAAAGUCUUUAUCACAUUUUUUUUCUACAUGUAUAUUUUUAAUUAUAGAAUUAAUAUGCCUUUAAUAAUAAAUUAUAUUUGAAAAGAAAA